AGCGCGGGCAGCGGCGGGUGGCGGGCGGAUCGGGCCGCGGCUUUCCUUCACGAUGGGGGACGUGCUGUCCACGCACCUGGACGACGCCCGGCGCCAGCACAUCGCAGAGAAAACUGGAAAGAUCCUGACGGAGUUCCUUCGAUUCUAUGAGGACCAGUAUGGCGUCGCCCUGUUCAACAGCAUGCGGCACGAGAUCGAGGGCACCGGGGCGCCGCAGGCCCAGCUGCUCUCGCGGAAGGUGCCGCUGGAUGAGCGCAUCAUCUUCUCGGGGAACCUCUUCCAGUACCAGGAGGACAACAAGAAGUGGAGGAACCGCUUCAGCCUUGUGCCCCACAACUACGGGCUGAUCCUCUAUGAGAACAAAGUGGCCUAUGAGCGGCAGGUCCCACCCCGAGCUAUAAUCAACAGCGCAGGCUACAAAAUCCUCACCUCCAUGGACCAGUACCUGGAGCUGGUUGGCAACUCCUUACCAGGGAUCACUUCGAAAUCAGGCACUGCUCCCAUCCUUAAGUGCCCCACGCAGUUCCCACUCAUCCUCUGGCACCCUUCUGCACGGCACUACUACUUCUGCAUGAUGACGGAAGCUGAGCAGGAAAAGUGGCAGGCUGUCCUGCAGGACUGCGUCCGGCACUGUAACAAUGGGAUCCCUGAAGACUCCAAGGUGGAGGGCCCUGCGUUCACCGACGCCAUCCGCAUGUACCGCCAGUCGAAGGAGCUCUACGGCACCUGGGAGAUGCUGUGUGGGAACGAGGUGCAGAUCCUGAGCAACCUGGUGAUGGAGGAGCUGGGCCCUGAGCUAAAGGCAGAGCUCGCCCCUCGGCUGAAGGGGAAGCCACAGGAGCGACAGCGGCAGUGGAUCCAGAUCUCAGACGCCGUGUACCGCAUGGUAUACGAGCAGGCCAAAGCGCACUUUGAGGCGGUGCUGUCCAAGCUGCUGCUGGCCCGGCCGGCCAUGGAGGCGGUCAUCCGCACUGACAUGGACCAGAUCAUCACCUCCAAGGAGCACCUGGCCAGCAAGAUCCGAGCCUUCAUCCUCCCCAAGGCGGAGGUGUGUGUCCGGAACCACGUCCAGCCCUACAUCUCGUCCAUCCUGGAGGCCCUCAUGGUGCCCACCAGCCAGGGCUUCAACGAGGUGUGGGACAUUUUCCUGAAGGAGGUCACCGACAUGAACCUGAACGUCAUCAACCAGGGUGGAAUAGACAAGCUGGGCGAGUACAUGGAGAAACUGUCCCAGCUGGCGUAUCACCCCAUCAAGAUGCAGAGCUGCUACGAGAAGAUGGAGCCCCUGCGGCUGGACGGGCUGCAGCAGCGUUUCGACGUGUCCAGCACGUCCGUGUUCAAGCAGCGAGCCCAGAUCUACAUGCGUGAGCAAAUGGACAACACCGUGUACACCUUCGAGACCCUCCUGCACCAGGAGCUGGGCAAGGGGCCCACCAAGGAGGAGCUGUGCAAGUCCAUCCAGCGGGUCCUUGAUCGGGUGCUGAAGAAAUACAACUAUGACAGCAGCUCCGUGCGGAAACGCUUCUUCCGGGAGGCGCUGCUGCAGAUCACGAUCCCGUUCCUGCUCAAGAAGCUGGCCCCCACCUGCAAGUCGGAGCUGCCCCGGUUCCAGGAGCUGAUCUUCGAGGACUUUGCCAGGUUUAUCCUGGUAGAGAACACGUACGAGGAGGUGGUGCUGCAGACGGUCAUGAAGGACAUCCUGCAGGCUGUGAAGGAGGCCGCUGUGCAGAGGAAGCACAACCUGUACCGGGACAGCGUGGUCCUGCACAACAGUGACCCCAACCUGCACCUGCUGGCCGGGGACUCUCCCAUCGACUGGGGUGAGGAGUACGGCGGCAGUGGGGGUGUCAGUGGGGACAGUGGCAGCCCCAGCUCCAGUGUCCCGGAAGCAGCCACCACCUCGGAAAAACGACGGCGUGCCAAGCAGGUGGUGUCCGUGGUCCAGGAUGAGGAAGCAGGGCUGCCCUUCGAGGCUGGCCCUGAGCUACUGUCACCUGCAUCCCUGGACAGUGUCACUGAGGUCCGUGACCUGCUGGCGCAGGAUCUGCGGGCUGAGAGCCCCCCGCCGGCCUGCCCCUUGCUCAACGGGGCCCCCUUGCAGAAGAGCCCCCAGUCCGUGAACAUCUCUGUGCCCUCCUCACCACCUCUGCCCUCCUCACCACCUGUGGCCUCCUCACCACCUGCGGCCUCCUCACCACCUGCCUCGCCCGUCCAGCAGCUCCCACCUGGAAAGGCUGUGGACCUGGAGCCUCCCAAACCCAAUGACCAGGAGACCGGGGAACAGGAGGCCAGCCCUGGUGGCCGCCCCCCCAUCCACACCACCACCGAGGACAGCGCAGGGGUGCAGACUGAGUUCUAGGCUGGCCACCCCGAGCUUCUGUUGGACAAGGCGCACAGGCCCCUCCCUCCGAGGCGCUGGCAAGCUCGGCUCUGGGCAGGAGCGAGGGUCUGUGCCUCUGGGUGGAGGUGGGCAAGGCUGGUGCGGCAUCUCUGGGCUGGACAGGGACGGGCUCACCUGAAGUCACUUUAUUGGGUUCAGCCAUACUUUGUUGCUCUGUUUUCUCUUCUGUGGGGUGAUCCUGGCUUUCCUGCUUGUGCUGGGGGCUGAGCAUAACUGAGGGGCUGAGGAGCACCCCAGUUCUCUGGGUCCUCCCUUCCUGCCUUCCCUCUGUGGCCUGUUUCCCCCGUGGGUUCUGUCAUCUUUGCAGAGAGGGAGGUGAAGGCAUGGUCUGCUGACUCACAGCCUGUGAAUCCCCCUCACCGAGGGCUCAUCAGGAACAUGGAGGGCUGGGCCCAGAGGCCAGCUCUGGAGGGGACAGUGGCCUCGCUUUCCCCGCCCGGUGAGGGGAGGUGCAAGGAAGGAGUCUUCAGGCUAGAGCUGGCUGGGGAGGGUGCUCCGUGAAGGGAGAUGGGGCCACAGGCCUGGGGUGAACGAGAAAGGCCCAGAUGUGCUGGUCUGGGGAGGAAGUGUCUGAGGCAGGAGGGGCGAGUGUGUGAGCAGCGGGCAGAGGGAGCCUUGCGGAGGCCGGCAGCCCGUCAGGCCUUUGUCUCCCCCACUUCCAGCCCCUGCAGUCUCCCACCUGCCUGCCAGGUCCGGAGUUCUGUGCCCACCUGCUGGGCUGGGCUGAGGGGAGGUGGGGGCCACCUCCAAGGUACGUGCUGUCCACUGAGGGAGCUGGUAGGGGUCCUGAGGGGCCAUGGCUCCCCAAGGCACCGCUGGUGGUUGCUCUGAGGACUUGGGGUCAGGCUGUGGCUUGGCCCUUACUUCCUGAGUCACCAGGUCACCUCACCCUGAACAUUCCAGACCCUUUUUCAAAUGUGAGUCAUGUGGGGCCAACUAUCCUUCAGCUGCUUGUUCCGGGGGUGAGGGUCAAGCCAAGGCAACCUCAGCCUGGCAGGGCAGACCCUGACUCCUUCAGGGCCCUAGGGUGGGGUCCGGGCCUUGCACCCCCAGGACCGGCAGCAGUGGUUGGCGCUCGGGGCCCCGCUUCCCCACCAGCCCUAAUGUCAAGCGCUUCACGAGCCUCUUUCACCGACAGACCAUCCUCAGAUGUUCUCCUCUGGCGCCUUCUUCUGGGGUAUCCAGUCAUCCUUCCCAGACACUGUAUUGAAAAUAUUAAGCGAAGUGUUUAAGCCUGUAC